GGUGGUCAUUUUUCUAUUGAAACAAGUUUAAUGACUAAAUUCCUUAAUUACAAUUAGGAAUUCUACGAAUCGAAGCAAUUUUCAAUUGAAAAUUUCAUUCGAAUCGUUCGAUACAAUCGAUUAUUGUCGUGUCUCUGACCACAAUGGCCUCUGAUACUGAUCAUGUAAUGAUUCUUUCGAAUUUAAAUCGAAGCUCUGGAUCAUCAUUAUAUACUUUUGGCGAUAAUAUUGUUCAAUGUUCAUUGUUUGGACCGAAUCCAAUUGCUUCGAGUCAAAAUUUAUUAAAGAAAAAUUAUUUUGUCAUUCUACUAUAUCCAUUGGGUCAGAUCAAAAAUCUAACCAAAGAUAAAUCAUUGUUUUAUUAUGAAUUUUAUUUCAAAAUGACAUUCAGUCCGAUGGUCUACCAUGCAUUAUUACCUCGUUCGCGAACCUAUAUCAUAUUGAAUGAAAUCGAAAAAGGUAGUUCAUUUCUGUCGACAUCAUUGAAUGCCAUCACAUUAUCAUUGAUCGAUUGUGGUUAUCCAUUAAAUUAUUGUAUUGCAACAUGUGGUCUUAUUCUGGACAAACGUGACGGACUAAUUUAUCGUGAAAAAGAAUUUAAAGAAAAAUGUGAAAAAAAUGUUCGUUCAUUUGAACCAAUAACGUUUACAUUGGAAACCUGUGAUUUUAUCAAAGCCACAUUUCAUAUUUCGAAUAAAAAUAAUGAUUCAAAAACUGUAUCGAUUCUGGCCGAAGGUCAAUUCUCACUGAACGAUGUAUUGAAAGCUCAACAACAAUCCCUGGAAUGGAAUCAAUCAUUUUUUCGAUCGAUAUCCGAAAAAAUAAGCCAACGUUUUGUUUAAAAUGUUUAUUAGUUUUAUUUGUAUCAAUUUUCGAGAAUGUUUUUCAAAAACAAAAUA